GUGUUAAGAAUGCAGCGCCUUGCCCACUACUGGAGCACACAGGGCCUGGCUCCUUUGAGCCACGCCUUGCCCCAGGUGCAGAUAUUCGUACGGAUCUGCCGAAGUACCAUGUUUGGCGCGAAGGUGUCAUGGUGGAAGAGCGUCAAGACGUUGUAGAUCUAUGUGGCAAUGAUAUGCAUGGCUUCUUGUUGGGCUGUUCCUUCACAUGGGAGGACCUUCUGGCAGAGGCUGAGCUGACCCCUCGGCAUGUUCAGGAAAGGCGAAAUGUGCCGAUGUUCAACACAUCAAUUACCCUCAGGAGCGCUGGCCCUUUCAAAGGUCAUAUGGUGGUGUCCAUGCGUCCGUAUCGUGAAGAAGAUGUUCCCAAAGUGGCCACGAUCACUGGUGAAUACCCUGCCGCGCAUGGCCCUCCUGUUCAAAUCGGACAUCCAUCAAGGAUCGGCAUUGAGGAUCUCGCGGUACCAGAUUAUGGUGACCCAGUAUCGCUUAGAGACGGAGAAGUUCCAGUGUUCUGGGCCUGUGGUGUCACACCGCAGAAUGCAUUGAAGAAUGCAAGACUACCUUUGGUGAUCACACAUGCGCCUGGCCACAUGUUUGUUUGUGACGUCCGCAACCAUGAGCUGAAAGAUUGGCCGGUGCCUGGUGAGUGGUCAGCUCGCCCCGGAGAGUGA